AUUAUAUCAGGAACCUCCAUUACUUUAUUGGAGAUAGUUAUCACCUUAGACAAUAUAAUAAUAAUAGUUAUUAGAGACACAGUAUAAUUGAUAUUCGACGAUUAUACAUUUAUUAUAAUAAUGGACAAUAAACUUCAAAAUAUGAUUGAAUCAUUUAAAAAACAUAUGACUUGUCAUCUUUGUAAUUCUAUAUUAGUAAAGCCUAUUAAAUAUCAGAAUUGCCAGCAUUCAUUCUGUAAGAAGUGUUUGAGUAACAUAGCUGACAACAAAUUAUGUCCUCAAUGCGGAUUAAACAGUGAUAAGUCUAUUGUUGAAGAUGAAAUUUUAAAUAAGUUCAUCCAGUUUUGGUACUUCACAUGUUCAAAGCGUAAAAUGGAAAAUGACAUUAUUGAUAAAAUGAAAGAUUUUACUAAAUUAAGUGAGGGAAUUAAAGAUUUGACUGUGAAAAGGAAACACUUUAGGCAAGUAGCAUCUGAUCGAGAACAGAAUAAAAGAAAAAAAACAUUGGAUAUUUCUAUAUCAAAGCUAGAAACAAGUGUUCAAAAAGCCUCUAAAUCUACAACAAUAAAUGAAAAAAAUAUUGAGAAGCGUAAUAGCAAAGGAGAAACCCGUUUACAUGAGGCGUGUGUGAAGGGUAAUUUUGAACAAGUACAGGCAUUAUUAAACCUUGGUGCCACACCAAAUACAAAAGACAAUGCUGGAUGGACACCCUUGCAAGAAGCCUCAGACAGGGGUUUAGAAAAAAUAGUGAAACUUUUACUAGAGAAUGGUGCCAAUCCUAAUAUACCAGGAUAUGAGAACUCCACUGCAUUGCACAUGGCUGUCGUUAAUAAUCAUCUAAUUAUAUCAAAAUUGUUGAUAGAUUAUGGCAGUAAUGUGGAUGCAAAGAAUAUAUACAACAUUACUCCUAAGGUAUUGGCUAAAACGGAAAGUAUGCAAGAAAUAUUAAACAUUGAGCCAGAUCCUGAAAUAUUAAAUAAUGAUUUUAGUUUGUCUCAAUAUAUGGUUGUGCCAAAAAAGAAAUUUUCAAAAAUAGUACUUUACUGUCCAGAUUUACAAAACUCUAAAAUUGAAAAGCUUAUGAGGAUUAUAAAUUCAUCAUCUGCUGGCAUGACGAGAAGUUUUAAAUUUGAUAAAUUAGUAACACAUGUCAUUGUUAAGACGAAUGAUGAUCUAUUAUGUGAUCUAAACAUUGCAGUACUUCUAGCCCUGCUUUCUGGAAAAUGGAUUAUUAGUGAUAAAUGGAUAGAUGAAGAAGGCGAUAUGGAAGAAUUUGAAGUCCAAGGUUUAUUAUCAUUUCCCCAAACGCAAGCUGCAAAACGAUCUAGAAUUAGUCACAUGAAUCAACUCCCUGGACUGUUUAGUGGUUGCCAUAUAUAUUUCUGGGGACCAUUAACCGAUGCAAAAUUUGGUUCAAUGACAUUAUCAAGAUAUCUACUCAACCUCUUUGUUGAAUAUGGUGAAGGAGUUUUAUUGAAACGUGAACCAAAUCCGGAAGUGAUAACACCUGCCGAAAAUACUAGACCAUAUCAUAUUAAUUCUAAAAGCUGUCUUGAAAAGUGCUCGCAUUAUAUUAUAUACAGAUCUGAUAUUCCAGAGCCAAUAUUGAAGUACAAUAUGCCGCAUGUGAAAUCAUUACCCUUACAAUGGAUGAUUGAUUGCAUUGCAAAUUAUAAACUCAUUGAACCAUGGUAGGACAAGAUUUAAUUUAAUUUCUG